AUAGAAGUCUUAUUUCAGGGUCCAUUGCAAGUGUAAAGGAUGUAGGAUGUGACCAGGGAGUGAAUUCGGAGUGAACUGCAAUGUUUUCUCUUUCUGUUGUGCGAGUUCUACUGUUGUCAUUGUCAUUGUCAUUGAGAUUUUCUGUAGAGCAACUCUAGAGUUCAGUCUGAGAUAAUUCAUCUCAAGCAUUUGAAUAUUGCGGCCUGUCUCCCCCUUAUCCUCCUUGACCUUUGUUAAUUCCUUUAGUGUCAUGGUCAUCAACAUUUUGCAUUGUGAAGACAACACGUACGAUGUUGAUGCAUUCUCAAGGCAUUUAGCAAGAACAGCAAACUCCUGAUGUUUGCCAACUCGCCCGUCUAUCAUCGGCAAGCUGUCUGUCUGCCUGCCUGUCUGCUUGUCUGUCUGUCUGUCUGUCUGUGCAUAAAAAAAUAGAAAAAUGGUCAGAAACUGAAUUUAAAAAAAGCGUGAGGUACGUAUUUGUCUUUCAAGACCUCUUCUGCUGCUCCCUCUGUCAACCUCUAGAUAAGUAGAGGAAAUAUCCACCACGGUUGAAGCUUUCGAUUUCGUAUAAAAGAAAUAAAGAUUACUCACAAAAGAAUGUUUUAUAGUCUUAAUUCCGGCUAAAUACGCGAUAGCUCAUUUUUUUAUGAUGUUGAUUAUUAAAAACAAGAGCUGAGAUUAGUUGAUUCGCACUAGACACGGACAUUUAUCAGCCCAUUCGCGAGUGUCUUUUUUAAUUCAGAGUUUGGGCUGGUGGGAGGCUGAGCUGAGGUUGCGGGUACUUGAUCCUGCCUACCAACCCUGCGUUCACCCGGUGUUGAACGGGUAGAAAACGAGAGACAUCACGGCAUCCCUGAUCAUCGUUGUGCCUGGAACUCCAGCAACAUGGCAAAACUCUUUCUCAUGAUGUUCGGCAUCCUGGAAUUGAUGUCUGGUGUCCUAGGCAACGCUUUUGUGCUGACUUCCGUGCACGUGCAGAGCCUGUCGAGGCGGAAGUCUGUCCACACGGUUUUCCUCCUAAACCUGGUGGUGGCAGACAUGUUUGUAGUCACCUGUGUUGUCGUCUUGGUGUUGGAAGGUCUGUUGGCCACCUGGGACUCCACGAUGAGCAACGAUGACUGUAGAGUUAGGGGAUUCCUGGUUGUAUUCUUCACAGGGGCAUCAGUGAUGGCCCUGCUGGCGAUGUCCGCUCAUCGCUACAUGCGAGUGUGUCACGUGACGCUACACAAGAAGGUGCUGACUGUCUCAACUGCUGUCGUCUGCUCGGCGGUCUGCUGGUUCAUCGCCCUUGUUAUCGCCUUUUUACCGGUCACGCACCUGGUGGGGUCCUACAGUGUCGAGGAAGGGACGAACGUUUGCUCUGUGACGUCACAAAAGCCUAGCGACGAUUACCUGAUGGGGGUGGGCUUCUGGAUUCUUGUCGAGGUUCCUUUGAUCGUCGGGAACUUGAACUGGGCUAUAUAUCAACACUGGCGGAUGUCUCGCCCUGCGGUUGACAAGUCUGUGCAGAUGACUGGACGCGGUGUCAGCCAAACAUCUGGAUACAUGGUCGGACCAUUCGAAAACAACACAAACAGUAGACUAAGCUGCGGUGACGAGACCGAGGAAGAACGAGAGGUGACUGAUUCCCUUGACGACUGUCGUCACCAGGUGGACGUCAGGUGUGAUCAGCACCUGAACGUCCCUCCGUCAGUGCAGUCGUUGGCAGUGGUACACCUGUCUCCAGCACUCAUGCGCGGGUCAAGGUUGAAGCAAGUACCCAUGACGCAGGCUGACCUUUGUCACCGUGGAAAACGCGAGAAACUGUUCCUGGCCUCCCUUCUUGUCCCCCUCCUACUUGCAUCCUUCACCUUCGGCGGCUUUGCGGUCAUUGUCGUUGGCAGGAUCCUCGCCGACAGUUUCAAUAAGGAGGGAGCUAUCGCUCUUCGCCUCGUCCUGGUCCUCAACAGUUCUCUCAACUGGCUCCCGUACGGGCUGAUGAACAGACGACUUCGUCGGGACCUCGGCAAUCGCUUGAGAUGUACCCGGGUGAGCCGAUGAGCGGGAUCCAGACAACUGAUUGAGGUGGACUCUGGCAGCAGGUUGAAGUGUUGAUCAACAGGUUGAUGGCAACAGGUGGAGGUGGCUCCUGCCAAACACUUGAAAUGGAUCCUGUCAACUACUUGUGCCGGAUCUUCUAAGUCGACCGGGAUGGAUUCUUCUCAAGAUGUGUUUUGCUGACAUCGAGGUGUUACUAGUCUCUCUAAAUGAUUUGAUGUAUUAUUUGGUGACCACUCGCCGAAUAAAUAUUCUGCUUAA